UCUCAUCCAUCAAUCCAUCAUUUCUCCUUCCUUCUCUUUCAGUUAGCUUUCAUUCUCUCCCACAACAAACUAACAAACAAAUCUCUUCUUCCCUUCUUUUUCUAUCAUCGUCAUCAUUUCCAUUCUCAUCAAAAUUCUCGUAGCAGUAGUAUCCAUUUUUUCCUCCAUCAAAUCUAUCCAUCAAAUCCCAUGACUAACUACGAUACCAAUCCCUUCGCUGAAGAAGAGGUUAAUCCUUUCGCCGAUGGAGUUCCUAAAGGAAAAGGUUCAGGGCGACAUGGUGGAGGUGCAUUCUACACUACUAACCCGGGAAGUGCAAAGCUCUCACCCCUUCCUCAUGAGCCACAUGAUCGCGGGACAACUGUUGACAUUGCUCUUGAUUUGCCAAAGGACCUCAAAGCAAAGGAAAAGGAACUUCAAGCUAGAGAGGCUGAAUUGAAAAGAAGAGAACAGGAGCUAAAAAGAAAGGAAGAUGCUAUAGCGCGAGCUGGAAUAGUUAUUGAGGAAAAAAAUUGGCCACCUGUUUUCCCUCUCAUUCAUCAUGACAUUGCAAAGGAAAUACCGAUACAUCUUCAAGCGAUCCAAUAUGUUGCGUUUACAACAUGGUUGGGUUUGAUUUUUUGUCUGACAUUUAAUAUUGCGGCUGUUACAGUAGCUUGGCUCAAAGGAGAAGGACUGUCAAUUUGGUUUCUUUCUAUCAUAUACUUUAUUUCCGGUGUUCCUGCAUCCUAUGUGAUGUGGUAUCGUCCUCUUUAUCGUGCUACGAGGACGGACAGUGCUCUUAAGUUCGGCUGGUUUUUCAUAUGUUACUCGUUCCACGUUCUAUUUUGUGUUUUGGCUGCAGUUGCACCUCCACUUGUCUUCAAAGGAAAAUCUCUCACAGGUAUACUGCCUGCACUUGAGAUCCUGACCUACAAUCCAAUGCUUGGGAUACUCUACCUUAUUGGAUGUGGUUUUUUCACCAUUGAAUCACUGCUGAGCAUAUGGGUUAUUCAGCAAGUAUACAUGUACUUCCGCGGCAGUGGGAAAGCUGCGCAGAUGAAACGGGAAGCUACAAUGGGGGCCAUGAUGCAUGCUCUAUGAGAAUAUGACAUACUGGGGUGAUAAAAUGUGGAAAGUGGCAUUUGCA